ACCAAGCAACCGGAAGUUUGUUGCGCUGUUCAUGUGGGUUAACGUUAACGAUACAACAUCUAACAAAACGUUAAAUUGAAAAAGGAAAUAGGAGUCAUUUUCACUAAACUAAAAAUAAAACAUGUCGGACAACGAAGAUAACUUCGAUGAUGGAGAUUUUGAUGACGCUGAGGAGGAUGAAGGGUUAGACGACCUGGAAAAUGUUGAAGAUGAAGACCAGGAGAAUGUGCAGAUCCUUCCUGCAGGUGAAGGCCAGCAGGCCAACCAGAAGAGGAUCACCACACCGUACAUGACCAAAUAUGAGAGGGCCAGAGUGCUGGGGACCAGGGCCCUGCAGAUAGC